AUGACCGACACUGAGAGACUGAAAUGCCGGUCUAAAUCACUUUAUUCCCUCAUCCGACAUUCUAAGCCAAAGAUCACCAUCAGUCUAGUUGGACAGAAGGGCGGGGUCACUACUCCUUACACCACUGGGGACCGGAUCGAAGGCACAGCUGUUAUCCUCGUGGACUAUGACACUCCAUUCAAUGAGAUCGAAAUUUCUUUCAAAGGGGAAGCACGUGUCCUCGUCGAGCGACGAGCAUGUCCUGGUACCAGCGGUGCUGGAUACAGAUUUCUCAACAUUCGCCAGUCUGUGGAACAUUUUGAAGAUUUGAGAAAUUGUGUUCUGAAAGCUGGUCACCCUUACGAAUUUACCUUCCUUUUCAUGGUUCCUGAACGUUUAUCACCACACAUUUGCCAACAUCAAUUUCGCAAUUGCCAUAUUGGGAAAUAUCACGCUAUGCUCCCUCCAACAAUAGGCAAGCAGCCUUGUAACGAGGAUGAAAACAGGUCGUCCGAGGACAUGACACUAGAAAUGACGAAAGUGUUCUAUACCAUUGAGGUUAGAAUUCUCGACAAAUGUCCGACGAGCAACCCUCAAAUCAGGAUUCUUGCAAAUUCUAUCAAAGUGAUUCGUGUUGUUCCGACAGUACAGGAAGAUGCUACUCUUGAUCUUGCCGAUCAGACAUACUUUUGUGCGCGGAAGGAAAAUAAAGUGAAGCGGAAUUUUCUUCAGCCCAGCAUCGGUCGAAUGGUCGCGUCUUGUGCCCAACCUAAGGCCAUACAGCUUCUCAUCUCCAAUAGUGAAGGGAAGGAAAGAGUUGCCUCUAUCGCAACAUUAAAACUUGAAUUCCAUCCUGCGGGAGAUGAAAAGCCUCCAGAUCUUCAUUCUAUAGUUUGCAAACUUCGGAUUAGCACAUUUUACAGUGUGUUCCCGUGGCAAGACUUUCCUUACCGGUUUGGCACCCUGCCCCUUUCUCGGGCAGGACAAGGCCUGAAAACUUCGGUCCUUCCUGUAUGCAAAAUGCGUGUGGCAACACAGCAAUGGCAGAAACAUUCAAAGCCAUCUAAUGACGAUCGUUUCGAAUUCUCUCUGUGCUCGGAUAAUCCAUCUGCCUCCCUUGCUGGAGCUACAUACUAUACAGCCGCCAUCGUCAUUCCUUUGAGACUCCCCAACUCAAAGUCAUUUGUUCCCACAUUUCACUCGUGCUUGAUAUCUCGCACAUAUUCGUUGGAUAUGUCCCUUUCUUACAAUUCGCCAGGAAUGAGCAUACAUGCUUCAUCGAUUUCCUUGAAUGUUCCAAUACAGAUGACAACACGACGCAAUGCAACCCAACUACCGUCGCUGUUCUCGCAUUUUGACUGA